CCCCCACUCUCACACACAGAUAUGGUCGACUUUCAAUUCGACACGCUUUCUUGGUUCCUCCUCAGUGCCAUCGGUGUCACUGCCCUGGCCCUUCGCUACCGCAACGGUCUCAUGAGCCCCCCGGAUCUGACCUUCUCGCGCUCCUCGCGCCAGGCCCUGCCAGUUGAGGGCACGCGUCUUGAGGGCGAGACCGCCACCUACCGGUCAUCCUCCCUCCCUCGAGAUGCACCCCUGAUCAAGGAGAUGAUCGCCCCCCUGGCGCAUGCCAAGACCCUGUACGACAUGUUCCUCAAUGGGCACUCGAUCUCCCGGGACCGCCCGUGCCUGGGCCAGCGCCGCCUUGGUGACGAGUCGGCCCCCUUCGAGUGGCGUACCUAUCAUGAGACUCUCGUCCAGAUGGAGGGUCUCGGUGCCGGUCUCACCAAGCUCGGUGUCCCCACUGGCCAGGGCGAGGGUGCUUCCAUCGGCAUCUUCAUGCGCAACCGCCCGGAGUGGACUAUCGGCGAGUUCUCUUGCUACCUGUACAGCCGCUCGCUGAUCCCGAUCUAUGACUCCUUCAAGUGUGACCAGCUGAAGCCCAUCAUCCAGGGCCAGGCCAUGCGUGCCAUCAUCGCCACCUCGGCGCAGAUCGACAUCCUGCUCGCCGGUCGCGAGGAGUUCCCCUCGCUGACGAUCUUGGUUUGCGUUGAUCCGAUCACCGAGAGCCAGCGCGCCCUCUCUACCGAGAAGGACCUUCGUCUGAUGACCUUCGACGAGGUGGUUCAGCUCGGCAAGGACAACCCCCUCCCUCACCAGCCCCCCUCGUUGGACGAUGUGGCUGUGGUCUGCUACACUUCCGGCACGACCGGCACCCCGAAGGGCGCCAUGCUGACGCACGGCAACAUCAUGGCCGUCAUCGCCGCCGUCUUCUACGACUUCCCGAUGACCGUCCAGCCGGACGCCAAUGACCGCUACCUGUCCUACCUCCCGCUGGCGCACAUGCUGGAGCGCAUCAUCCAUUUGCUGGUCUUCUCGGUGGGCGCCAAGAUCGGCUUCUACCGCGGUAGCGUGCUCCAGCUCCCGGCCGACAUGGAGCUCCUCGAUCCGACGUACUUCGUUUCGGUGCCGCUCAUGCUCAACCGUGUGUACACCCGUAUCAUGGCGACUGUCGAGAACUCGGGCUUCAUCAAGCGCUCGAUCUUCCACCUGGCUUAUCAGCAGAAGCUGGCCCUCCUGGAUCGCGGCAUCAUUCGCCGUGAUACCAUUUGGGAUCGCUUGGUCUUUGACAAGAUUCGUGUUCGCUUCGGCAAGAGCUUCAAGGCCAUUGUCACCGGUGCCGCCCCGAUUGCCCCCGAGGUGAAGAAGUUCUUCCGCAUCGUUUGUGGCUGCCCCCUGAUCGAGGGAUAUGGCCUGACGGAGACGUCGGCCGUGUCGACCCUGCAGCUGAUCGGCGACUACAAUGACGCCCACGUGGGGCCUCCCCUCCCCUGUGCGGAGGUCAAGCUGGUCGACGUGCCGGAGAUGGGGUACUUCGCCUCGGACGAGCCCAACCCCCGUGGCGAGAUGUACAUCCGCGGCCCGUCGGUCUUCAAGGGGUACUUCAACGAGCCGGAGCUCACGGCCAAGGCCCUCACCGCGGACGGCUGGUUCCGCUCUGGGGACAUUGCCGAAAUCCUGCCGGCCGGGAACUUCCGCCUGAUUGACCGGCGGUCCAACUGCUUCAAGCUGGCCCAGGGUGAGUUUGUGGCCCCGGAGCGCAUUGAGAAUGCCCUGGUCGGCGCGGGCCUCGUGGAGAAUGUCUUUGUCUAUGGCGACACCAGCCGGUCCAUGCUGGUGGCCAUCGUCGUGCCGGAUAUCGAGUCGCUCCGUGAGUGGGCCGCCGAGCGUGGCACCCCGGCCGAGUCGGUCACCCUGGCAUCCAUGGUCGACAACCAGGACCUCAAGCUGGCCAUCGAGAAGAACAUCCGCGCUGCGGCCCAGGCCCGUGGCCUCCAUCGGAUCGAGACCCCGGCUCGGAUUACCCUGCACUCGGAGCCCUUCUCCGUGGAGAAUGGCCUCCUGACGCCCACCUUCAAGCUUCGUCGGCCGGCUGCCACGGCGGCCUUCCGCUCGCAGAUCGACGAGAUGUACGCGGAUCUGGCGCGCAACCCGCCCAAGCGCCCGACCUCGACUGCUGGCAGCGGGACUCAGGCCGCUGCCGCGGUUCCCUGCGGCGCCUCCAAGGCCGACUAGAGCGCAGAGAGGGGGGGGGGGGGACACGCGCGCGCAUGGAU